AUGUGCUCCUUGGCAACAGGUGUGCUUCAUGUCGCAUCUCUGUUUUCGAACGACAGCUUUAAGGCACAGUGGAUCCAUCGCUGCCAGCCCGUCAGGAGACUGCCCGGUACGUUGACGGAGGGCAGAUGCCUUCAGGAAGCUUUCCGAAUCACACCCAGAGAGGCAUGGCCUUCCGCCAUGGCACGGAGGGCUUUCAGCGCAACACCCGGGCCACAAGACAUAGGCCCACGCUCUGGGCAACCAGGGCCACCUCCUGUACACCCGUUCUUCAUGCAAGCUCUCAGAGGAAUGGGCCAGGUGGUCUUCUGCAACAGCGCGGUCUCCGGUGGCUUCCUCGCCGGUGCCUUGCUGAUCGGAGAUGCCGAGUUGGGCGUUCUGGCACUCGCGGGAGUCACCUCUGCCACCCUCACCGCACGUGCUGCCUCACUGGACCCACAGGCUAUUUCUGAUGGCCUGAUGGGAUACAACGGCGCACUAGUCGGGUGCGCGCUCUCCGUCUUCCAGCCCGGUGUUCCUCUGUGGACUGCGCUUGCCGCAACUAUCGGGUGCACGCCUCAGCUCGCCACCUCCCUGGCGAUGGCGGCGCUCACGGCCGCAGGGGCUGCAGCAACGGUGCCGCUAGCAGCGAAGCUUGGCCCGAUGCUUGCCCCGGUACCCCAGUACACCAUUGCCUUCAAUGCAGUCGUCUUGGCGAUCCUUGCCGGCUUCUCUUUGGCGCUGCCUCCGCCACAGAAGCAGAAACCCUCCGAUUCCGAGCAGAGCCAGCAGGGUGGAUCUGUUCUGGGAUUCCUGUAUCGUUCAGGAGUCAUUCCAGAUAUGCUCGAGGCUUCUCUCCACGGAGUGUCGCAGAUCUUUGUCGUCAAUCAUGCCGGUACAGGACUGAUGCUGCUUGCAGGGAUUUUCUGUUAUAGCCCGGCAGCUGCUGCAGUGACUUUCGCCGGAUCUUUCCUGGGCAGCCUCACGGCAGUGCUGUUGGGGCAGGAUGUCGAUGAGGUGAUGGACGGGCUCUGGGGCUACAACUCGGCUUUGACCGCCCUGGCCGUGUCGAGCCGUGGCCUGCAGAGUAGCACACGUGUGUGCGAAGGGACAUGUGAACGAAGCCGCCGAGCAGCUGCCGCACUGCUCGAGCGACGAAGCGUUUCUUGCCCGCCCUCCACACCCUAG